AUGGGGAUAAAAUCGGUCUCAACCUCCUCUGUUGAUUUCUCGGUGAUUUGCCGGGAGCCGGAGCUCGUGGCCCCGGCGAAACCCACGCCGCGGAAAUUAAAGCCGCUAUCCGAUAUUGACGACCAAGAAGGGUUCCGGUUUCAGAGCCCUUUAAUACUGUUUUAUGGGAACAGUCCUUCGGCGAUAGGGGAUCCGGCGAAGGUGAUUAGGGAAGCUCUGGCGGCGGCGCUGGUGUUUUACUACCCACUCGCCGGCAGGCUCGUGGAAGGGCCUAACCGGAAGCUCAUGGUGGACUGUACCGGCGAAGGGGUUCUGUUCAUCGAGGCUGACGCCGACGUCACCCUGGACGAGCUCGGCGACGAAAUAAUGCCGCCGUGUACCAAGUUGGAAGAGCUUCUGUACAACGCGCCUGGCUCCGACGGCAUCAUUGGUUGCCCUCUGCUCUUGUUUCAGGUGUGGCCUAAGGGGGCGAUAAUCCAACCCGGUAAGGAUUGUGUAAAGGUUGGGGUCAGCCCUGCGAAUUUGACCUAG